AAAUAUUCUCCUCCUUGUAGAAAAACAUAAAUCUCAAUCAAUUUGGUAGGUGCCAACGUAAAACUUCUCAAACAAGUUCAACUCCAAUUAAAAAAACUAUAAAAUAAAAUAAAAAUAAAAAUAAAAGAGAGAAAAGAAGGAAACAAUAAUGUAGAUAAUGGCGGAGUGAUUAGGCGAGAUCGGCGCUGGCGUUGAUUCCUUAAUCACCAUCCAUUAGGUUUCUGAUCGAUCCCACCUAAGCAUUGGGCCCCACUGGCCCCCCACCCACACACCAGACCAAACGUCACCUACAAGUUACAACGGCCUAAUUCCCAAACGCUGCCUCUAAUUUUGGGAAUUUUUUUUUCUCCAUUUUCUCAAUUAUAAGGCAAAACCGGAACCACUAAAAAACGACAAGUCGUUCUCGAUACAGAUAGUCAGAAUGGUCACCGCCAAUUGCCGGUCACUUGAUAUGUUUCCGUUACAAACUUCCAUUUCUUCUCUUACCAUCUUUAUAAAACACACACGCACACCGUUUUACAGAGAGAGACGCAAUUGCUCAAUUGGGGGUUUUCCUCAGCCUCCUCUCUCUCUUUUCCUCUUGUCGUCUGUACAAGUCCAUAUGGCCAUGGAAGACGUUGACUUGGAGUCAAUAGGCCACGGAAGAACCAGUUCGCGCUGCUGCUUCUGUAUCCCGGCGUCGUCGGCCUGGUGGGAGCGGAUGCGAGCGAACCAAAACAACGACAGCUGGUGGUCCCGAGGCUUCAAAGCCUUCUACAAGCUUCGAGAGUGGUCCGAAAUCGUCGCCGGCCCAAGGUGGAAGACUUUCAUUCGCCGAUUCAACCGGAAUAGAAGCGGAGGCGGCGGCAGCUCCGGUGCUGGGCGGCACCACGGGAAAUUCCAAUACGACCCGUUGAGUUAUGCUCUGAACUUCGACGAAGGCAAGGAGGACGAAGACGACGAAGUCGGCGGAUUUCGCGAUUUCUCGACCCGGUUCGCCUCGCUUCCUCCGGUCAGGUCCGGGUUACCAGAAUCAAGUAAAGACGUGGCGGUGUACGGGUGAGUGAGAAUGCGCAUGGAGGUGUUGUGAGCAUUUGAUUGCUGGAAUGGCCACUCAAUGAGCUGGCUGGAUGGUGGAAGGUUGACCGAGACGUAUGACGUGGCGCCGUCAGUUUUCCUUUAUUUAUUUAUUUAUUUUUGUUUGGUUGUCGAUAAUGUCGUUGUAGUAAUUUAGAUAAUUUUUUAAUGUUUUAAUUUUGUUUUUGAUGGUGGUGGGUGUACAAAUUGUCAAAUACUAUGAAGAUAAUGGACCAAUGAUGAUGAUUGAAAGAGGAUGAGGAUAAGCAUGCGUGUAUGUUUCUUCAGUAAGGAGUAUGGACUAGUGAUUAAUAAA